CUGGCCGCCCGUGGUAUAUGCGGAUCUGUUUUGUUGCUUCGUGCCGGUGUCCGGUGAUAUGCGGCGGCGGCCCAGCGUACUGGCGUUGUCCGGCGGUGCCCCGGUUCUCCUGUCUUCUGGUUUCCCUCCGGCGGAGAUGCCGUGCGAAAUCCUGGCGGAGUGAUGCAGCUGAUGGGAUCGAUCCGGCGGCGCGAUUUGGUAGGCGGGCACGAGCUGCGAACCAAGUGCGCACCUGCUUGUGCUGUUGCCUCUAGUGUUAGACUGAGCGCUGCACUAGACACAUUCUGCGGUCAAGCAUUCGGUGCAAAAGAAAAAGCUUCUAUAGGUGUGCACACACAGAGAGCUACUCUAGUGUUAUUUGCCAUAUGCAUUCCAGUACUAGGUUCCUGAACAAUCAAGGGGCCGUGCUUCCCUUGAUGCUUAGCUCAUUGCUCUGUUCUGUGCUCAAUGUACCGCUGUGCUGGCUUCUCGUUCUCAAGUCUCCUCUUGCCAACAAGGGGGCUGACAUGGCUCUCCCUAUCUCAUAUUGGUUCAAUACCAUCUUGCUUGCUCUUUAUAUCAAGUACUCACCCACUUGCAAGGAAACAUGGACUGGGUUUUUAAGGGAUGCCUUCCACCAUGUGCCUCAGUUCCUCAAGCUUGCUGUGUCAUCAGCAUUAAUGAUAUGUCUAAGAUUCUGGGCGUUGGAGCUUCUAGUGUUUCUUUCUGCUAUUCUGCCAGACCCAAAACUCGAAACUUCUGCAUUCUCGAUCACGCGUAAUACAUCAUCAAUUGUUACCAUGAUCUCUGUUGGUUUGAGCACUUCCGCCAGCAUACGUGUCUCAAAUGAGUUGGGCGCCGGUCAUCCAAAACAAGCGCGGAAAGUUGUAUUAAUUGCUUUGUUUAUAGCUACUUCUGAAGGCUUGAGCGUACCAUCACUUCUAGUGCUGUUAAGAAAUGUAUGGGGAAAGGUUUAUAGCAACGAAACCAAAGUUGUAAAGUAUGUGGCCAAUAUGUAACCCUUGGUUGCCAUUAGCCAUCUUUUUGAUUGAACACAGUGCUUGUUUGCAGGUACGUAAACAUUUUAUUUUGUUUAUCUACAAGUGUACCAUUACCUGCAAUUGUUAAUUCUAAUAUACCUGUCAGCCACAUUUUGGAAAUCCUUGCACAUAUAUUAGACUUCUCGGCAUGCUUUUAAGUUUUAUCACAUGGCAAACUACGACACCAUGUGUAUCUCAUGAUUUAAAUAGAGUUUGAACUUUUCAACAGAAAAAUUGAGAUUUAGGUUAGCAUUUGUCACUGUUAAUUAAUUUUGUUAAAUGCACGCGUACUAUUAGAAUCAUAUACCUAAAAUCCAAGGGCUGUACCAUUCCUCAAGGUUAGAACUUCACCCAUGUGUCAGGGAUAAAUGCGGGCACAAGUGAACCAUUUGUAGAGCCCAUGGAUCGACUAAAUUAAAAUUCUGUUGCCGAAUGUUUUUGAGAAUGGUAUUUCAGAAGGAAAAUUUGUGUUUCAUUUUGAAUGUCAAUUACGUUUCAAAACAUAGACCUUUGGAAUACAAGGAUAUUGUUUUGUUUUGGAGCAGAGGGGUGCACUAUUGCUUACUUGUCCUUGUAAAGACAUGAAAAAAUUAUGGGCUGCAGUGAGUGGUACUCGUGUGUUCAUCAUUAUUUGGAUUGCUAGGUACAUUGAGGCGAUGUGGUUUGCAAAAGAUAGGUGCAAUAGUAAUGAUAAGAACGUUGUACGUUAUCGGUAUUCCUCUUUCAGUUGUUUUGGGCUGUGCUAUUCACCUGAUCAAAGGUACUUACACUAUUCUUCGGUUAAAAUUCUUUACUGGUGAAGUUCAUGAGCUAUAAUCAAGUGAUAUUGAAUAGCCCAUGAAGUUACUUCCGUAUUUGUGUUGCUACUAAAAAAGUAACUGUCAAUUCUUUGUCACUGUUGGAGCAGGGCUUUUGGAUUGGAUUCAUCAUCGCACUGUUCGUUCAAGAUUUGAUAUUUGGAAUGCUAUUUUCAUGCAUUAGCUGGGAGAACCUGGCUGCCAAAGCUAAAGAGAGAGUAUACGAUUCCAUUUCAAAAAAAGAAAACAUCUCUGAGGACAGUUUGGCACAACUUAAAGGUGUAAGGAGUACCGUACAAGAAGAAGAUCACGUAUGUCC